CAGUGUGAAGUGAAGUCUGACAGCUGCCGCCUGGCCCGGUCCAUUUGCAGCUUCUCUGCUCCAUCUCACCACACGGAUGUCAAUUAGCACGCUAAACUUGCUUCAGGACUGUGGGAGCGCUGCUUGUCUUCAACUUGAGGGCGAAGAAAGACGAUUGAAAACUCCUCGGAAUUCUCCGCGCACCGUGCACGCAUUGGCACUCUCCGUUUGACGUGUUGAAGUGCUUCUUAAGGAGAAUUCUGGGGAGAUUUCUGACUCUUUCAAUCCUCAAAGAUGAAGCAGCACCGGGGACCUGCUCACUGAGGCGGCUCCCACUUCAAAGUGUCCAGCUGGAUGAUGAAACAUGACUAAAGGUUGUGAGGACUUGUCUCCAUCGUCCUGUUGUACAGUGAGGCAGUGAGCUCACGGAGGAUACAGCAUGCAUGUGUCGAAAUAUCCAACAAUGCACUCUGCCAGUCCGGGUCUGAUCCUCCUCAGUUUCCUUUUCCUCGCCGAUGCUGACUCCCCUCCACGAUUUACCCGAACCCCAGAAGACCAAACAGGAGUCCAAGGCGGCGUGGCAUCGUUCGUGUGCCAGGCCGCCGGCGAGCCGCAGCCCAAGAUUGUGUGGAACAAGAAAGGCAAAAAAGUCAGCAAUCAGAGAUUUGAGGUGAUUGAAUUUGACGACGGGUCUGGCUCAGUCCUGAGAAUCCAGCCUCUCCGGACCCCCAGAGAUGAGGCUAUUUACGAAUGCCACGCCUCUAACUCGGCAGGAGAGCUCACGUCCUCCACCCGGCUAAGCGUGCUAAGAGAGGACCAGCUGCCUUCGGGGUUCCCCACAAUAGAUAUGGGUCCCCAGCUGAAAGUGGUAGAACGCUCUCGGACCGCUACCAUGCUCUGCGCGGCGAGCGGAAACCCUGACCCAGAAAUUACUUGGUUCAAGGAUUUUCUGCCAGUCAACACAUCCAAUAACAAUGGACGAAUCAAGCAGCUGCGCUCAGAGUCCUUUGGUGGCACGCCCAUACGAGGCGCACUGCAGAUCGAAAUGAGCGAAGAGUCUGACCAGGGCAAGUAUGAGUGUGUUGCCACCAACAGCGAUGGAACUCGCUAUUCCACCCCAGCCAACCUCUACGUACGAGAGCUCCGAGAAGUGCGUCGCGUCCCCCCUCGGUUCUCUAUCCCGCCGGCGGACAGCGAGAUCAUGCCAGGGGGCAACGUCAACAUCACCUGCGUGGCGGUGGGCUCGCCCAUGCCCUAUGUAAAGUGGAUGCUGGGAGCCGAGGACCUGACCCCAGAGGAUGAUAUGCCCAUCGGCCGUAAUGUCCUUGAAUUGACGGAUGUACGCCAGUCCAACAAUUACACCUGCGUUGCCAUGUCAACACUCGGCGUUAUUGAGGCUGUGGCGCAGAUUAUUGUGAAAGCUCUCCCAAAGGCUCCCGGCACACCCGUGGUGACCGAAAGGACUGCAACAAGCAUCACUCUCACCUGGGAUUCUGGCAACCCCGAACCUGUCUCCUAUUACAUCAUACAACACCGUUCCAAAGGCUCCGAGGACCCCUAUAAAGAGAUUGAUAGCAUCGCCACCACCCGCUACAGUGUGGGUGGCCUGAGCCCUUACUCCCAUUAUGACUUCCGCGUGGCAGCUGUUAACACCAUCGGCCAGGGUCCCUCCAGCGAAGUGGUGGAGGCUCGCACAGCAGAGCAGGCGCCCUCCUCACCUCCCCGACAAGUCAGAGGUCGCAUGCUGAGCACCACAACGGCAAUCAUCCACUGGGAUGAGCCAGAGGAACCAAAUGGGCAGGUAGUGGGCUAUAGGGUCUACUACACAUCAGACAACAUGUUGCCAGUGAACCAGUGGGAGAAGCAGAUGGUGCGGAGCGCCAACUUUAUCACCAUUCAGAGCUUGACUCCUAACAAGACAUAUUACAUCAGAGUGUUGGCGUUCACCUCCGUUGGCGAUGGUCCUCUUUCCCAGGACCUGCAGAUUAUUGCCAAGACUGGCGUCCCAUCGCAGCCUUCGGAGUUCAAAGGAGAGGCCAAAUCUGAGACGAGUAUUUUGUUGUCCUGGAUAGCGCCACCCCAGGGUGGCCCUGACAACCAGAUCACGGGAUAUGAACUGGUUUAUCGACGGGCAGACGAUACUGAGGAGAAGAAAGUAAGCUUUGAGCCAACAAGCUCCUACCUGUUGAGGAACCUCAAGCCUUUCUCGGCCUACACUUUCCAAUUGGCCGCGCGUAGCAAACAUGGCAUUGGCGCGUAUACCAACGAGAUUUCCAUUGACACACCCCAGACACUUCCUUCAGCACCUCCCCAGGACAUAACAUGCACCAGCCCCACUUCUACCAGCAUCUUGGUAAGUUGGGCACCACCACCUGCGGAGUUUCAGAACGGCGUCAUUACGGGCUACGCCGUCCAGUAUUCCACUACCGGGGUCAACAAAACAUCCAAAAGGAUUGACGGCAUUCCAAAGGAAGGUUCUCCGUACCGCUUGGAUAACCUAGAGAAAUGGAGCGAAUACGGAAUUACAGUGCGGGCGCAGACGGAAGCUGGCGACGGACCUGAGAGUUUACAGCUGAUUAUCCGCACCGAGGAAGAUGUUCCAAGUGGUCCUCCUCGAGGGGUGGACGCAGAGACAGUGAACUCCUCAGCCAUUAGGGUGAAAUGGCGAGCGCCAGCCCCAGAGUUGCAGCACGGUCAGAUCCGAGGCUACCAAGUCCACUACGUGAGGAUGAACUAUGGCGAGCCUCAGGGUCCGCCCUCCAUUAAGGACAUCCUUAUAGAGGACUCACAGUGGGAAUAUGACCAAUCAGCUCAAUAUGAGGCUCUUCUCGGAAACUUGAAGGCCGACACUUCCUACUCUAUCUCGGUAGGAGCUUACACUGCCAAAGGAGAUGGUGCCCGCAGCAAACCUGUUGCCAUCUGCACUGCUCUACCAUUGCCUGAAAAGCCCAAACUAAUGGUGAGCGCAACUGACUCGGGCACCGCUCUGCUUCAGUGGUACCCGCCGCCAAAUCCCCUAACGCCACUCCUGGGUUACCGCCUCACUUUUGGCCGUGUCGACGUCCUUCCAUUCACUGUGGUGGAGUUCCCCAACAAGGAAAGCCUCUACACUGCUCAGGAUAUCCAUAUGGGGGCCAACUACAUUUUCAGACUCUCCGCCCGUAACAAAAUGGGCUAUGGAGAAGAGGCAGUGAAAGAAGUGACCACGCCUGAAGGCUCCCCAACCGGAUACCCGGAAAAUAUUGUCUCGGAGGAGAUGUCUGCCAACUCCCUCCGCUUGACGUGGAAAUCAGUGCCACUCAUUGAGCAAAACGGAAAAAUUGUCAAAUACUCAGUGCUGUACAAGGAUAUAAACAGUCGGGGCAAUUCCUCGGAAAUUGUGGUGCCCACUCCGGGGUCAAGUGUUUUGUUGGAGGGUCUGAGUGCCGAUACGGUGUAUGAUGUCAGGGUGUGCGCGUACACGACUGUCGGGCCCGGUCCGUACAGCCCCGGUGUCCAGUUUAGGACGCAGCGGCUAGACCAAGUUUUUGCCACCAACUUCAAAGUGAAGGCCGCCAUGAAGAAUUCUGUUCUGUUCUCCUGGGAGGUUCGAGACAAGAAUCCUACCCAGCCAUUCACUAUCCUCUACGGAAAAGGCCAGUCUGUGGAGGUGGAUGGCAAGCAGACUCAGAAGCUGAUCACUGGCUUGCAGCCUGACACCCUUUACUCAUUCUUGCUUACCAACCGGGCCAACAGCGCCGGGGGCCUUCAGCACCGCGUCACCGCCACUACUGCUCCAGACAUCCUGAAAAGCAAACCCGUCGUGGUGGGAAAGACCAAUGCCGAUGGCAUGGUGACCGUCCAACUUCCAUCUGUGCAGACGGCAGCUAAAGUCAAGGGUUAUUAUCUGGUGGUGGUGCCACUAAAGAAGCAACGAGGAGGGAAGUUCUCGAAUCCAUGGGAGGACCCAGACCAGAUGAAUUUAGAUGAGUUGCUGAAAGAGAUUAACCGAACCAGCGUGAGCCGUGCCCUCCGUAUCCGCAGACAGACUGGCCAAUCAGAUCCAAGAGCUUACGUCAGCGCUCACUUUAAAGCGCUCCCCCCUGAGUUCACGCUGGGCGAUGGGCAAAACUACGGCGACUUCCGCAACCGUCCAUUGCAGAACGGCCAGGAAUAUGUGUUCUUUGUGCUCGCCCUGCUUGACCUUUCGGAGAACACCAUGUUCUCCACUAGCCCGUAUUCUGAUCCCGUGAUGUCAUCAGGUGUGGACCCGCAGCCAAUUGUGGAUGAGGAAGAGGGUCUCUUGUGGGUGGUUGGUCCUGUGUUGGCCGUUAUCUUCAUCGUGUGUAUUGUCAUUGCCAUCCUUCUCUUCAAAAGCAAACCUGACAGGAAACGAGCCGAAGCCGAGGGCAGGAAGGGCAGUUUCCCCUGCAGCAAAGCCAUGUCGUCUCACCAUCCCACUGACCCUGUGGAGUUGCGUCGAAUCAACUUCCAGACUCCAGCCUACCGUGUAUCAGUGUACCGUGGUUAUCGACGUUUGUCAAGCAUGACAAGUCACCCACCCGUCCCCGUCUCGGAGCUGGCAGAUAACAUUGAGCGCCUCAAAGCAAACGACAAUCUCAAGUUCUCACAAGAGUACGAGUCGAUUGACCCCGGUCAACAAUUCACCUGGGAGAACUCCAACUUGGAGGUCAACAAACCAAAGAACCGCUACGCUAACGUCAUUGCCUACGACCAUUCCAGGGUGAUACUCUCUGGCAUCGAAGGUGUCCCAGGGAGUGACUACAUCAACGCUAACUAUAUUGAUGGCUACCGGCGUCAAAAUGCCUACAUCGCCACUCAGGGUUCCCUUCCGGAGACCUUUGGAGACUUCUGGAGGAUGGUGUGGGAGCAGCAUACAGCCAAUAUUAUCAUGAUGACCAAGCUGGAGGAGAAGUCAAGGAUGCCCUCUUAUUUCUUCUCUAAGGUGAAGUGUGACCAGUACUGGCCAACACGAGGCACGGAAACUUACGGCCUCAUCCAGGUCACUCUACUGGAUACGGUGGAGCUGGCAACUUACUCUGUCCGGACCUUUGCGCUUUACAAGAGUGGCUCCAAUGAGAAGCGUGAGGUUCGUCAUUUCCAAUUCACAGCCUGGCCGGACCACGGGGUACCUGAGCACCCCACUCCCUUCCUGGCCUUCUUGCGAAGGGUCAAGGCCUGCAACCCUGCAGAUGCAGGGCCAAUGAUCGUCCACUGCAGUGCCGGAGUGGGCCGCACAGGUUGCUUCAUCGUGAUCGACGCCAUGGCGGAACGAAUCAAGCACGAGAAGACGGUUGACAUCUACGGCCACGUCACGCUCAUGCGUUCGCAGAGGAACUACAUGGUCCAGACGGAGGACCAGUACAUCUUCAUCUACGACGCGCUGCUGGAGGCCGUGACCUGCGGGAACACAGAGGUCGCAGCCAGGAACUUGUAUUCAUACAUCCAGAGGCUGACGCAGAUUGAACCCGGCGACAAUGUCACCGGCAUGGAACUGGAGUUCAAGCGUCUGGCCAGUGCCAAGGCCCACACGUCGCGCUUCGUCAGUGCCAACCUACCAUGCAACAAGUUCAAGAACAAGCUUGUCAACAUCAUGCCCUACGAGACCACACGUGUGCCCCUGCAGCCAAUCAGAGGGGUGGAGGGGUCGGACUACAUCAACGCCAGCUUCAUCGACGGCUACAGGCAACAGAAGGCUUACAUAGCGACACAAGGCCCGUUGGCCGAGACCACUGAGGACUACUGGAGGAUGCUGUGGGAACACAACUCCACCAUCGUUGUCAUGCUCACCAAAUUGAGGGAGAUGGGACGGGAGAAAUGUCACCAGUACUGGCCCGCAGAGCGCUCAGCUCGGUACCAGUACUUUGUGGUGGAUCCCAUGGCCGAGUACAACAUGCCUCAAUACAUCCUCCGAGAAUUCAAAGUCACGGACGCCAGAGAUGGCCAAUCGCGGACGGUUCGUCAAUUCCAGUUCACUGAUUGGCCAGAACAAGGAGUGCCAAAAUCAGGGGAGGGAUUCAUUGAUUUCAUUGGACAAGUGCAUAAAACUAAAGAACAGUUUGGCCAGGAUGGACCAAUUACUGUGCAUUGCAGUGCCGGAGUGGGCCGGACAGGCGUGUUCAUCACGCUGAGCAUCGUGCUGGAGAGAAUGCGGUACGAGGGCGUGGUGGACAUCUUCCAGACGGUCAAGAUGCUGCGCACGCAGAGACCUGCCACCGUUCAAACAGAGGACCAGUACCAGUUCUGCUACCGCGCCAGUCUGGAGUACCUCGGAAGCUUUGAUCACUAUGCAACAUAAAUUUGUCACGGCACGUCCCACCUAAUCCAUGGAUGAACGCGCUAGGCGGCGACGUGUCUGUGAAGUGAGCGCCAUCAACAUGCUGAGUGAAGAGGGAGGGAGGGGGGGAAUCCUGCGUACCCACAAAGAGCACCUCUAACUGAGCCAUAGCAACCUGCUUGACAAGGGGUCUCCACCCGCCCUUUCACCCAAACACGCCCAUUGGUCAGUCAGAAGCAACUCGCUCCAAUACUUGAUCCGAAUCUACGUUGUCUUUGUUUGGUUUCAGUCAGUGCUAUUUUCCAAGCACCAGGGUUGCUUUACAUUGUUUGGGUGUGGAAGUGUUCACCUCAUCCACCGCCAGUGUAGCAUCACCAACCUUGAUUGAUAGAGUGUCACAGGACGUUUGAUUUUUUUCUAUCUUUAGACCAACUCGAAGGCAUCCAUCAUAUGGACGUCUCGUGGACGGACAAAAAGUGGGACUUUGGCACACCGGAGAUUUGCCAACGGGAGAGUGGAAACUCACCGAGCGCACAGUAUUAAGGACACACAGAGCCGCAAUGGACACCAGGAAGUGUUUUCCCCCCUUUUAUUGUUUUUUUUUAGGAAAGCGGACUUUGGUUUCCUAUAAAUGAAGAAGACAUUUUAGUCACAUAGUAAUAAAAAAAGCACCAGUUCGACUUAAGUCUUCACAGUUUAAGACAAGGAAAUUGUGAAAGGUUUAAAAAGCACCACAACCACAAACAAAAUUAUCAACUGACUCCUUGAGAAAAAGAAAAAAAAAAAAAGAUGUGGGCUCUCUUGUAAAGCUGGUCGCCCAUUAGUUUUUUUUAUACUUUCUGUUUUGUUGUGCAUUUUUUAUGUUCUCAAACAUUUUUAUUCAAAGAAAUACAAUCAGAAGCCGCAGGACCUGGCAGUUUCUCUGAAUAGUUCCACCAUUAACUGUUCUAUUCUCACUUUUAUUUGCAUGAGCAACUCGAUGAAGUCGUUGCCUGCCUGAUGCUUGACGUUUCGGGGGAAAGGUUACAUUUCAUGAUUUCAUGAUUAGAGCAUUCACUUGAGUUCAGCUUUGAUUUUUGGUCAGUGAUAAGGUGAAGGGACUAAACUUGGGUUUCGGAUUGGGCUUUAAUAUUUCAGGUUUGAUGUAAUCUUCAAGGUUGUGACUAGUCAGUCUAAAGUGGAACCCGCCUUUCACCCAAAGUCAACUGGCAAAGGCUACAGCUCACCCGCAACCCCAAUGAGGACAAAAACGCGAUAGAAAAUUGGUGGUUUGGGCCCUAUGAAAAUUAUUUUUGUCUAAAUCAAGAAAGAGAGAAAGAGUACAAAUUUGUAGAGUGUGCACGGAGUGGCUUUUUUUGGGGGUGGGGGGGGGUGAAAAACUAUUCAAACCGUCACCUAGAUUUAGACCAAGAAUUAUGGAAAUGUGUCGAGACAACGUUCUCACCGGAAUGCUCACCACUGACUUGUGCGUCUGUCUGAUUCCGUGUGCAAUAAGUAGAUGUACUAUAUAUAUAUUUUAUGUCCACUUAUUUACUACAGUCACAUGCCAUGAUGAUGAUGAUGAAGAUAAAUAGUGGUGCAUCAUGUCCCAGACUCGAGGGCGUUCAGCAUUCGAUUCCUCGUAUCACGCCGCCACCCCAUAUAGACAAUGUUGUCGUCACGGUAACCGGGAAACUAACGAACGAUCCCAACUCCCAAUGAAUAGUUUAAGUUUAGAUUUCUAGUGCCUUAUAUUACACGCCUAUUUUGAUAAAGUUACGUUUAAGGGUUCUUGUGUAUUUUACGUAUGCACACUUAUGUAUGUUUGUUGUGUGUUUGAGAGCGAGCGAGAGGUUGUGUAAAAUUUUGUUAUGCUCUACUAUGUGAAAAUUGCUGUUGUAUUCUGUUGUUUUUCUACGGUAGGCUGGCUCGUCAUCUCUUUGAAGGAGAACAAAUGAGCACAACGAAGACUCAACUGCAGUACAACAAAUGUUUAUUUCAAAAGUAUGAGCAAAGAAUGAAAUGAUGAUUUUUAAUGAGAAAAUGUCUGCGGUGAUGCAAAGGCAAGCUUUCUUUUACUGUAUUUCCUCAAAUAGUGGCCUCCACUCUCAUUAACUCCAGGCUGCACCACACCCCAAAUAGAUUUUCAUAUUUUCCUCUCAAGAUUUUUCUUUUCAGUUUUCCUGGUUUUAUUCCAUUCAGGAGAAACAGAAGGGGGGAAAAAUCAGCAUUACCAUAAUAGAGUGGUGCCUUGAGAUAUUAGUUUCUGUAAUUCAGCCAUUGUUUAAAAGCUUCUAAAACCACAACUACCAAUGCUAAUCGUUAGCAUGUCAAUGGAAUUUUCCAUUAUGCGCUAGCGUUAGGCGAGCUGGGCAAGGCAAAAGUAUUUGGACGUAAGGAGUGUAAUUUAGUUUGACAGUAAACUUCAAGUGAGGGUGGCAUUAAAAAGCUUGAACCCUCUUUUUUGAUUAAUUAAUCUUUAACUAAUCGCCAACGAAUCGCUUAUGAUGGUGAGCAAAGUUAACUGCCGCCUUGUAUGUAAAAACAGAAAAGUCGCUUGUACACUGUCUCAAGGCAUCACUGUACAGUAUUUUUUUUAAUCUAUUUAACUCUUAUUUUAUGUAAGGAAAAAAAUAUUGAUGAUUUAUAGUAUUAUUCGAAAACCCCAAUGCACCUUUAUGUGAUUGAAUAAACACCAUCCGGCCACUACGUGAGGAAAUCAAAGCAGCAUAGACAUUUUUAUUGACAAAUUGAAUAGAAAAAAAAAAGCAAAAUGACAACAUUUGUGCAUACAGGAGUCAAUCCCACAGCGUUCCUUGUCCUGCCCUCCUCUUUCCCAUGUUGCUCUCUAAUCAUGGCACCAUUCUGGUGCCCCCGGUGUUGUUUUUGUAUGCAUGGUACCACUUUGGAGAUGCCCCGUUGGUCGCACCUGUAAUGGGAAGACUUGCACUUUCUCUUGUACUAUGCACUUAAUCCUCUUAUCUCUGUUAGCCCACGCCACACCCCCAACCCCCUUUUACAAAAAAAGAUUUACUUGAACUAGCUCAACGUGGACCCUGUAAUGCUCACACAGUUGUGUAUAUGUAAAUAACACCGAACACAGAGACUAAUUGAAAUUCUUAAAUUAAGACAAAGUGAACUAUAUCAGAUAUACAGAGUGAUAUAAGAAAAGAUUGCACCAGAAAUCACCAUUUAUGGCACAGAAAUAUGUGCAAUAUGUCACCUCGUGGCUUUGCUGCACCACAAAUGAAUUUCACCAUAAAAGUGUUCUAUUUUAACCCCCUGACCCCAAUGUAUCAUGUAGAUGGAUUAAAAACUGGAGUUUAUAUAAAUUGUAUAAAAAUGAAAAUAAUGGUGUGUUGCUUGGAUCAGUACUGUCAAACUGGUCUGUAUAUGUAAAGUUUUUGUUUGUCUGUUUUUCAUUUUCUGCUCCGGGUCAACAAGUGCUUUUUAUUUUCUUACAUUGGUCUUUGUGUGUGUGCAAAACUGAGGAUGUGGGGGGGAAAAAACACACACACGGGUCUGUAUGGAUUUCUGUUCUUUGUCGACACAAGUUUCAUUUGUUACAAAUAAACUCAAGUGAAAUAAAAGACACCAAACCUGUA